GACGACGACGGGUACUGGUACGAAUGGGACGACGAGCGCGGCGACCACGCGUGCACGGACCAAGACGAGGAGGGAGGCUGGGACAGCAGUCGCUUGAAUUACCUCGAGGACGACGCCGACGCAUUCCUGGCCGGGGAAGACGAUGAAUACCACCAGACCGUGGUCACGAUGCGAGAGGGCCGCCUAAAGAUGAACACGCUACGGGCGGCGAGAAGAUUCUUCAAGGGAAAGAUCGAUGGUGGCGUGGACGAGAGCGCGGCAGCCGGCGGCCAUGCGGCUGGCAAGAGCUUCGGGAAAGGCAAAGGGAAGGGCAAAGACGGCGGCAAGUCGAAGGACAAGUGGCGUGGCAAGUGCGGUCGGAUGGAUCACCACACCUCGGAGUGCCCGACCGGCGGUUCUUCUGGGAAGCCAGCCACAGGCAAGGGCCGCGGCAAGGGGGCGAAGUCAGUUCUUCGUCCACGACGGCUUGGUUUCUGGGCGAUGAGCCCUCUAGUGGUUGCGGUGCCUUCCUGUCUGGACGUCCGACACCAGAUGCGGGGCCAUGGCUUUGCCUGCGCCAACGCGCAGCCCGAGGAGGUUUACGGCAUCAUGAUGGUGAACAUGGACAGCGAUCCGGUUGUGCUGGAGAUGCCAAGGUACGAGGUGAUGAUAUCGAACGACGUCGCGCUGGCGCCCCCGGUGGACAUCGGUGCCUCGAUCGCGGCGGCCGGGCGCGGAUGGCUCGACCGCGUCGAGACGGAGCUGGCGAAGUACGGCUUCAAGCCCAUCAAGACGCAGGCCUGUCAGAAUUUCAAGGGGCUCGGCGGAGCACGGCGCGAGUCUAAGCAGAAGUGGACCAUCCCAGUUGGCAUUGGGAGGAAGCACGUGCUGCAGGAGUGCUUCGAGACCCCCAGAGACAUGAUCGGCCUGGCGAGCAGGAAGGACCUGGCCGAGUGGAAGACGAACCUCUUACGUGCGCGAGGACGGCCAUUGCGAUCCCGCGUCGCGCGAGUCGGGGCCCUCUUCGAGCAGUUCCGUGUCGACGGUAUGGCGCCCGAGCCUGAGGCUCUGAAGAACGGCAGCAACGGCAUCUUCAAGAAGAGCACGCUCGAACGGAUCGACAAGCUGAUGAAGAAGCACUCGGCCAUUUCCGACGCGCUGCGCGACAGCCAGAAGACGCAGUCGGAUGUCCUGCUUCUGAUAAUGACCUUCGAGCCCUGGCUGUUUUCUGUCGCGUUCCCAUGCGUACCUUUUUCGAACGUGCAAGAGUUCCAGUGCGCGCGGGGCACGGGCGGCCGUGUGGUGGGCGACCAUGUCGAGGCGUUCAGGCCGUCGGUCGACUGCUCUGUCGAGGCGCUUCGGGCCCAGGCGGGAGGCAGGCGCGUCGGCAUCGACGAGAAUCGUCGGACGAGCCGCGCGUGGGCUGAGGGGCCGAUUAUGGAUCUACUAGUCACGCUGCGCCAGUGCAUGUUCGGGCUCGCGGGCGACUACGGGGCCCCGAUCAAGAAGGCCACGCGCGUGCUGGUGCCCAACGGCCCGUGCUUCUCUCGGUGGCUCGACCGCGCGCGCGACAGGAGCCGCGAGUACGCAGUCACGGCAGGGCGAGGCACUCUGCCGUCGCCGGCCAGCGCUUGGCCGGACGACCUGGGCAAGACCUUGGCGAGCGCAGGCGCGCGCGAGCUGGCGCGGCGCACUGACAUGAGGAAGCUGGGCAUCUGGGGCAGCGCGACGAAGUUCAAGUUGAGGAAGGACCUGGUCGACGUGCGCGUGCUGAGGCGGAGCGAGGCUAUCUCGCUGCCUCGCGGGGCUGCACGGCGCAUCUACGCGACGCACGCCGACAAGGGGGUGCUGGCCGACUUCUCCGACGCCCGCGCGGGCGACCCAGGCUGCGUGACGAUCGAGCUGGCCGCGAGGCGUUCAAGCCGGGCGAUCUCGAAGCAGAUGCAGCACGUCGAGGUGCUCGACGCGGUGGACAAGCUGGGCUGCGUUGUGCGCAAGGGGCUCGGCGGGCCCAACGCCGCGAGGACGGCCGACCUGAAGCUCUCGGCGGAGUUCAACGAGAAUGUCAUGCUCGACGAAGCCGAGCUGUUUCUCUCAGACAAAACACGGCGAGUGGUCAUGGUGAUCCGAGACGCGUGGAGCUUCAGGGUCAUCAUUCCCUUUGCGGCAGUGCCGUCCAUCACGGGGGUCCUUCGCUGUCUCUCGCAAGGAUGGCUCUCGUGGGUUGGUCCUCCGAAGGUGCUCUUCUGCGAUGCCGCGAAGGGCCGCGUCGCGCAGCGGUUUGUGGAGAUCGGCGAGAAGUGCAACAUCCUGCCAUCGAUUUCUUCAAGGGCCGCUCCCAGCAUUUGA